UGUUGCGUCUAGCAUUUGAUGCCAUUUUACGCGGUUGCGGCAGGGCGGAGGCGCGGCAUCUUCACGUCAUGGGCCCAGGGUGCGAAGGAGGAGGUGACAGGGUACCCAGCGGCCAUAUUCAAGAAAUUCAACACUGAAGCAGAAGCGCAACGCUUUCUCAACCAGGCUGAGAAUGUGACUCGUAAGCGUGCCCGACCCGCCGCCGACGACGACGACGUGGAAGCCCAAUGGCACCCUCCAACCAUACACCAACGGACUGUCCCGCCGCAUAUACUUGUCCGCGGUGCUAGGAUUGUGUCUCAACCACACUACGUUGUGUCGAAGGGUCAUGUGACCGGCGUGUUUGCCUCGUGGGGUGAAGUUGAAGGCGCGAUUUUGAACUUUGCGGCGCCUGAAUUCCGGAAAUUUCCCUCGAAAGAAGAGGCGGAUGCGUAUUGGACCCAACUCCAUGGAUCUACACCUGCCCCAUCUCCCUUGAUAUCUUCGUCUUGGUCAACGACGCUAGUUCCACCGGCGUCGGCGGCCGCCUCUUCGCCCAGCGUACCCCCCACGCAGCCCCCCAUGAAGUACUAUGCCGUCGCCAAGGGUCGCAAAGGUGUGAGCGGCAUCUUCACGACUUGGAAAGACGUGGAGCCACUCGUCAAUAAUUUCGUUAGUGCCAAGUACAAGUCUUUUUGGACUCGCGCCGAGGCCGAGGCGUACAUGGCCACCCACCAAGCCGUCGCUUCUCUUCCCGGCACCCCCGACCCCGAUCCACUCGAUUCAUCGACCCUUGUGGCAUUUUGCGACGGAAGUGCCAUCGGCAACGGCAAAGCCACGUGCAAAGCCGCGUUCGCUUGCGUGUUUCCUCACAACGAGUCGUGGAACGUCGCGGAGAAGCUGCCGUCAUUGCAGGCGGCCGCCACCAACAAUCGCGCAGAGUACUUGGCGGCCCUGGAAGCGCUCAAGCGAGCCAACGUCCAAGACCCGAGCCAGAGCCAGCCGCUGUUCAUCUUCUCCGACAGCAUGCUGCUCAUUCGAUCCAUGACGGAAUGGUUGCCUACGUGGAUCGAUAACAACUGGCGAAAGGCCGACGGGACCAUGGUCAAGAACGUCGACUUGCUCCAGCAACUGACCCACACCAGAGGACGAAGGCGCGUGCUUUGGCGACAUGUGAAAGCCCACACAAACCAACGCGAUUGGAAGUCCACUUGGAACGAUAAAGCCGACCAGCUGGCUCGGUCCACGGCCCAGUUUUAG